GUCAUCCGGUGAUUACAGACACCUGAGCUGGGACACAUAGGACAAGAGCAUGGCCAGCCCGAAGAUUCUGUUCCUGGCUGUCCUUGUCCUCCUUGCUAUGACACUUCAGGCAACUGAGGCAGGCCCCUACGGCGCCAACGUGGAAGACAGCGUCUGCUGCCGAGACUACUUCCGCCACCCCCUGCCCUCUCGCAUGCUGAAGUAUUUCUACUGGACUUCAGACUCCUGCCGGAGGCCCGGCGUGGUCUUCCUUACGGUCAGGGACCGGGAGAUCUGUGCUGACCCCAGGCUGCCCUGGGUGAAGAAGAUUCUGCAGAAGAUGAACCCAUGAGAAAGGGCCCUGCCCUGAUGACCGUGGCCUUGGCUCCUCCAGGAAGGCUCACAGAGCCCCACCUCUCGGCCGUUACGGCCGCCCCUCAACACAAGCCUGUGCCGAUGGAUCUCUCCGCAAUCUCUUAUCUCUGUGCCUGUAGCUGUCACCCUCAGAGGAGCCUCCACACUGUCACUCAUCUCCCCUCUUGUCCCUCUAACCCAUUCUCUGCCCCACCGCAGCCAGAGGGGCCGCAAUCCUGGUCAGUUACUCUCCUGCUCAAAACUCUUCCAUGGCUCCCCAUUGCCCCAAGCUGAGGUGAGAGCUCCUGAGCCUGGCACCCCUGUCCCCAGCCCUGCCUCAUUUCCCUUCACACAUGUUGGACUCCAGCUCCCUGUUCUCCAAAUCCGUGCCAUACAUGUCCACUUCCAAGUCUUUUUCCAGGCUGCACCUGACGCCCAGGAUGCCUCCCCACCACCUGUGUGUGUCCACCCCUACCAGCCCUCCGAGGCACUGCUCAACCCAAGCAGCCAGCAAUUGAGUUUUAUUUUUUCAGAUGUCCCCUGGCCCUCUGCCCCCUCUUAACAGCCUUGAUCACGGUCUACCCAGAAUUCUCAGGACUUGGGGAACUCGUCCUACCGCCCCACUGGCUGGAUCAAGGUCCCACACCUGUUACUUUGUCCAUUGGCCUUCAACGCAGAGCACAGGGCCUGGCUCAGAAUCAGGGCUCAAUGAAUGGCUACAGGCUGAAUCAAUAAAAAUAAUGUUCCUCUGCCAUGGCCCAUCCCCCAAAGGCCCUCACACAUCAAUACAGAGACUCAAGUUCAUCUAGAAAGCAGCCAGUUGAGUCAAUUGUGAAACCUCAAAUUUACCCAGAUUCACCUCUCUUCCCCAUUUUACCUCUGUGUUGGGCUUUUUGACUCUUUCUUGUUUCCCUCUUGCUCCUCUAACCUCUGACACCCAGGCUUGACCUCUUCAGAGUUCCCCACUUUCCCUUUCUCCUUCCCCAAAUAACUGAUAACCAACUUUAUGCUACGGUGUGAAUGACUACCCUUGGCUUGAUAUUGCAAGCUCUAAUUAUAUUUCUAUAAGAAAAGAGGGCAAAUGCUUAAGAGGCCAAAAGGUUGAAUGGAAAAGUUUUAGGAACUGUUUGGGAGGGGGACGAGGUAGAACUUUCCUGGCCCUGGGAGUGUGUAGGGUAUAGUUAAGGGAAAGAGCCUUGGGUGGAGAUUGUUCUCAGCUGGGAGGGGCCAGGAUAAGGCCUGGGACUUGGGGCUUUUCUGCACUUCCUUGGGGACAAUAGAUUCCCCAGGUCAAGGAAAUGAACUUUACACGUGCUCCUUUCUCUCCAAGGGAGCGUGGUGCAGUUUAGCAGGGUGGUUGAUGCUGUGUGAAUCUGAGGAGACCACUGACCCUCUCUGAGCCUCGCUUGAGAAUGAGAAGACCCAUAUUAUGGGGUUGCUGUGGGGUUCAGGUCCAAGACAUGGGGAGCAAAACUCAGUGUCUUCCAGGGCCCGGAGCCCAGGGUCAUCUGCCCACUGUGAACACUGAAAGUGUUAACCUGCCCACUGCCCGCGCAUAGCGCCCUCAAGCGUCCUGGGAUUGCUCUCCCCUCCUGUCCUGCCCCGGUCCCUCGGGCCUUCUGAAAAAUAAACCCUCUACCACAGUG